GUUGGUGGUGUGUCAGGCAGCAAAAGUUAAAGCAACUCGUCACACGCUAUUUGAUACCUUAUAUAGAAGAAGACAAUUAAUAUUAAAUUAUUUAACAAAAUAAUUACAAAUAUAAAUUAAAAAAUGUCUACACUAGCAAGUGCAUUGGCCGUUGCUGGACAAAGACAAUCCGGUGCUCCAGUUCGUACUCAAAAUGUCAUGGCCGUGUGUGCGAUCGCCAACAUGGUGAAGAGCUCCCUCGGGCCUGUGGGCCUCGACAAAAUGCUCGUUGAUGAUAUUGGAGACGUCACUGUGACUAAUGAUGGAGCGACAAUUCUUCGUCUUCUAGAGGUUGAACAUCCAGCAUCACGUAUCCUUGUUGAAUUGGCUCAAUUACAAGAUACUGAAGUUGGUGAUGGUACAACUUCAGUUGUAAUUAUUGCUGCUGAGUUACUGAAGAGUGCUGAUGAAUUAGUCAAGCAAAAAAUUCAUCCCACUACUGUCAUCGGUGGGUACAGAUUAGCAUGCAAAGAAGCAUGUAAAUAUAUUCAGGAACACUUGACCGUGAGUGUUGAUGAGCUGGGAAGAGAUUGUUUGGUAAAUGUCGCCAAGACAUCAAUGUCCAGUAAGAUAAUUGGAGCGGAUGCCAAUUUCUUCGGCAACAUGGUAGUGGAUGCUGCGAAUGCUAUUAAAAUAAACGACGGAAAAGGAGGACACAUGUACCCGAUAAAAGCAGUGAAUGUACUGAAAGCUCACGGUAAAAGUGCACGGGAGUCAAUUCUCGUACAAGGAUACGCCCUCAAUUGCAUAGUAGCGUCUCAGGCCAUGCCGAAGAAAAUAGUGAACGCGAAAAUCGCUUGUCUGGACUUUUCUCUACAGAAGGCAAAGAUGAAGUUGGGCGUUGAGGUUUUGAUCACCGACCCAGAGAAACUCGAGUCCGUUCGCCAGCGCGAGAUGGACAUCACUAAAGAGCGUAUCCAGAAGAUUCUCAACGCGGGAGCUAAUGUAAUUUUGCUGUCUGGUGGUAUCGAUGAUUUAUGUCUCAAGUACUUUGUCGAGGCCGGCGCUAUGGCCGUCAGAAGGUGCAAGAAAGCUGAUCUGAAACGGGUCGCUAAAGCUACUGGCGCUCACUUCCUCACUUCGUUGACUAACAUGGAGGGUGAUGAGACUUUCGAGCCUAAUUUCCUUGGUGAAGCUGCUGAAGUUGUCCAGGAUGUCAUUUGUGACGAUGAACUUCUUCUUAUUAAAGGACCAAAAGCCAGGACUGCAGCAUCCAUAAUUCUUCGUGGACCAAACGACUUCUACUGCGAUGAAAUGGAGCGGUCAAUUCAUGACGCUCUCUGUGUUGUCAAGCGUGUUCUUGAGAGCAAGAGUGUUGUUGCUGGUGGCGGAUGUGUGGAAGCUGCUCUUUCUAUUUAUCUUGAAAACUUUGCAACAUCUUUGAGUUCAAGGGAACAGCUCGCCAUUGCUGAAUUUGCACGUUCAUUGUUGGUAAUUCCAAAAACACUUGCCGUUAAUGCUGCCCAAGAUUCAACGGAUCUCGUUUCUAAAUUGCGUGCUUACCACAAUUCCAGCCAGACUAGUGUAGAUCACGCUAAUCUCAAAUGGGUGGGACUUGAUUUAAUUGAAGGAACAGUUAAAGACAACAAAAAAGCUGGAGUACUUGAACCCGCUAUUUCAAAAAUAAAGGCUUUGAAAUUCGCCACCGAAGCUGCGAUUACUAUUCUCCGGAUUGACGAUAUGAUAAAACUGGACCCUGAACAAAAGCAAGGAAAAUCUUACGGCGAUGCUAUGGCUGCUGGAGAAUUAGAAGAUUGAACACUUAAUUUCAUUAUUUUCAUCCGAAUUCAAAUUCAUUGUUCAACAUUUGAAUAUUUAAAAUCUUUCGCAAUAAUUUGUAAUUAAAGUAUCACGUACUUUAUUUUAUACGAAUUUUCAUAAAAAUAUCAAAGUCAUUUAAAAAACUUAA